AUGCCAAAGGUUAAACCUAAAUUAAAAGCUUCAUUGAUAAAACUUCAACAAGAGAAACAAUAUAGGGGUAAAAUAAAUUCUUUACCUUCACAUCCGUACUCAAAAUCGAAAAUUAAGCACAAAUCAACUUUUGUUAAACCAUUGCCUCCACCACUUUAUAAACCCGAGGAUAAAAUAUUGUUAGUAGGAGAAGGUAAUUUUAGUUUUGCGAAUUCAUUGGCAACAAAUAUUCUUUAUACAAGUCAUUUUAUCAUAGCAACAUGUUUGGAUUCGGAGGAAAUUUUAAAUAAAAAAUAUGAUGAUGCAAAACAACAUAUACAAUCUUUUAUUGAGUUUGGUGGGAAAGUAAUUUAUGAAGUUGAUGCCACUCAAUUGGAAAAAUGUAAAUUAUUAAAAGGUAAAAGAUUUGAUAAAAUUAUAUUUAAUUUUCCUCAUGCAGGAUUGGGAAUUAAAGAUCAAGAUAGAAAUAUUUUAUCGAAUCAAAAAUUAUUAAAAGCAUUUUUUAAUUCGGCAAUACCAUUUUUAUCAUCAAAAUCACUUUACUCGGACAUGAAUGACGGUGAAAUACACGUAACGAUGAAAACGGUUGAACCAUAUAAUCAAUGGAAUGUUAAGCAAUUAGCUAAAUCUACAGGUCAUUUGGCUAUAAAAGAAUCUAUUGAUUUUAUUCCAAAUCAAUAUCCUGGUUAUGAACAUAGGAGAACCUUAGGUUAUCAACAGGGAAAAAGCAAAAAUGAUAAUGAUGAAAUCUUUUCUAAAAAACCCAAAACUAUUAUUAUAGCUAGAAAAGAAAGUUUGGAAUUAGAAAAACAACAAAGAGAAGCUGCUGAGAAUACUAGAGUUCCAUUUAUAGUAGAUUAA